AUGUCGAGCGCCGAAGCCGAGUCUGAGCCGAGAACGUCUGAGCAGCCAGAAGGAUCCACGGACCCAGCCGCGCAGCUUGCGAACGUCUACAGCAUUCCUUCUAAGCCAGACCGGACACUGUUCUUUGAAAAGCGCAAGCAAUACAAGGAACUCCAGAGUCAAUGGCAGAGUGUGACAAUGACGACAGAAUUGCUCAGACUAGAAUAUCUCGACUUGGAGGCCAGGGAGGAUGUCUUGCGGGACGAGCUCAAUCUUCUGAUCAGUCAAUUCCAGGCGGGUGACCACGAAGUCGCCGUCGCGCUCGACAGAGUACAAGAGACACCUCAAGAUGUCGAGCGACUCGUGCUCAUCUCAACUUUACCGCAAGCGACGCAACCGUCUUCUCAGCCAGCUCGAGCUCGCACGGAGUCUUCAAUCGCGCCGUCUCAUGCUCAUGUUACUCCACAGCAAGCCAAGGACGUCGAGAUGCGCAUCGCCUGA